AAUCCGAUGGCUCGGUCGACCUCUUGUUCAUUUUAGAGGUUUUUGUAGAGAAUCCAGGUGUCAGUCCACGGGAUCAUUGACCAUCCAUCAUUCAUCAUGGGUUCGAGUCGUCUCUACAUGAAAGGCCGCAUUCUGGGUCACAAGCGAGGAAAGAGGAACUCUAGACCGAACCAGUCUCUGUUGGCUAUUGAGGGAGUUGACUCAAAGGAGGCUGCUACACACUACCUUGGAAAGCGCGUCGCCUACGUCUACAAGGCUAAGCGUGAGAUCAACGGAUCUCGCGUCCGAGUCAUUUGGGGACGAAUCUCUCGACCACACGGAAACUCUGGAGUCGUCAAAUCAAAAUUCAGGUCCAACCUCCCAGCAAAGACCUUUGGAGCUUCGUGCAGAGUGAUGCUCUACCCAUCCAACAUCUAGACGAGCCGGUGAUACUCGGGAUGAUGGUGGCAUGUAUUUGAUUUCUCACGCCUAAAUCCACUAAAGACGCAGGGGGAUCAAGCAAG